AUGAAACUCACCUUCGGAACUACCCUCCUCCUCCCUCUCGCCCUUGCCCUCCCAGCUCCAGAGGUCCCAGAGGAAUCAACCGUGCCUGAUGCAACUAUUCCGCCCUGCCGACAAGACUGUCCACCCGAGUGGGCACCUGUCUGCGCAAAGGACGAAUCUGAAAACAUUGUGAUCUUCUCCAGUUUCUGCCUUUUCUACAAUGCAAACUGUGGCAGGCAGAGUUAUAUCCUGGGACGGAUGGAAGAGUGCAUUGAGCCAGGUGAGAAUACGCCGAUUCCGCCAAUGGUUCCUGUGCCGUUGACCGGGUGA